ACGAUAAGCACGCACAGAAAAAAACAGCUCACACUAGCAAAAACUGAAGACCUGCUCAAAUAAGAGCCCAAAAUUAGCUCCAGAAUUGAUUACUUGGGCCAUAUACUAGACUAGAGUGACUAGUGUAAGAGAUUUAAACCUCAACACACUCAAAACCAGACCCAUUUUAAAGCUGAUGAUGCGCAAAACAAUUUGAGGAAGUACCCAAUAGGUGAAGCGAGCUGAUGAUGAAAUCCUGAGAACUUCAUGAUGAUGCAAAGGAUUUAAACUGGUAAGUGAACCAUACACUUUCUGGUACUGUAGGAAAACAUUCACGAGAGUUCACCGAGAAAGAAAUCAGAGAUGGGUACAAACAAAGAGUCAAAUGCUGAGCAGUCGGGAGCAGCAUCGCAGAUUGAGGAAGACAUGGAGCUGACAACUGAACAGAACAGUCCGGUUGAUCAAGACCCACGACAAACGGAGGACGGCAAGCUUCUUAAUACAUACAAGUGGCACACUGGAGCCAAGGCUGAAACGGUGGCACAGGGCGCCAUUGAGAGGCUGGAGAAAGGUGCCUCAAACAAGUGGAACAAAAUGCAGAGCUGGCGCAAAGCCCUAAGUGAAGACCCUGGGGAAAAGUCCUCAACUGCAAAUCGAGGAGGAGAAAGCCCUUCCAAACCAGACAAGCCGACAACUUCAAGGAAAAACCCUUUCCGCAGAGCUCUUUCUGAGCCACCGGGGUCUCUCCUGUCCUCUUCGGCCCCCGUGUCUUCGAGCGCACAGGCAACAGGGUCCACCGUCCAGGACACAACACAGAGGGGCAAAAUCAGAAAGUACCUGCAAUCGGUCUCAAAUAAGUUCAAGAAGCCUCGUCUGCAGAGUACUGUCACAGAGCAUGAAAAGUGUGAACCUGAAUAUGUGGUCCAAGACCCUGUUCGGCUAUCCUGGGCCCCCCCACAAGAGGUUCCCGUUUGGGACAUUAGCAACUGCUUUCUUCAGGAUGGACAGAUCCUUAUCCCACGUGAAGAGGAGCCUAUGAUGACAGUUCGGAACCGGGCCAGCAGUUGUCUCUUCAGCCUCAGUCUGCAGAACAUCAGCGGAAGUCACGCUGAGCUAAACCCAGAUCCUGUGGUCCCGUCAAGUGGUACCAAAUUAAAAGGGCAAGAUGGUGGAGUCAAAGGUUUAAUCAAGCGCCGCUUACAGGGUGAUGAUAAAAGGAAAAGCAGCACCCAGCUCAAUACUGCAGGAUUAAGUGUUGCUGCAAGGUAUGGUUCCAGAGAAUCUUUAUCCAUCCCAGUCAGUGCUGCAAAAAGCCUCAAUCUAAAUGCAGACCAGACCACCGUCAUCAGGCCGGUCCACAGCUCCAUUCUAGGGGAGAAGUACUGUUUUCAGGUUAUAAACUCAGAAAAUAACCACUGCUUUGGGUGCACUUCAGCUGCAGAAAGAGAUCGCUGGAUUGAGGACUUGCGUCGUACAGCUCAUCCAAAUAAGGACAACUGUGAGCGCACUGAAAACUCACUUUGCCUUUGGAUUAAUGAAGCAAAAGACCUUCCCCCAAAGAAGAGAUAUUAUUGUGAGGUCCACCUUGAUGGUACACUGUUUGCUCGUACAAGUAGCCGAGCUGUAGGGAAGUCUGUCCAACGCUCCAGCCAGGCAGUUGAUGGAGGAUCUGGAGCAGCUGGCAGUGGUGGUACUUUAGGAGGUUGCCAGUUGUUCUGGGGUGAAUUUUUUGAACUUGACAACUUGCCCCCUGUUACCCAGAUCACCCUGCACCUCUUUAAAGGUGAAGAUCCCAAGAAGAAGCGCAAUUCCAGAGACGAUGCUAUCCUGCAUCCUUUAGGAAGUGUAGCUCUCCCUCUGGCAGACAUAAAAGGACGUGCCUAUCAAGAGAAAUGGUAUCCCAUUGUUGCCUAUAAAGCCCCGGGAACUAGUACAGCAAAGGAUUCGGUUGGACUGCAGGCUUCAAUUCGAGUCAAGGCCAAAUUCAAGAACCUGAAAAUUCUGCCUAUUGAGAGGUACAAGGAAUUUGCAGAGUAUGUUACAGUGAAUUAUGUGGAUAUGUGUAGCAGUCUUGAACCCCUUCUCAAUGUACGGGAGAAAGAAGAACUAGCAGGAGCACUUGUUCAUGUGCUCCAAAGCAUUGGGAAAGCUAAGGAAUUCCUAAUUGAUCUUGGUAGUGCAGAAGUUCAACGCUUGGGAGAAAAUGAGGCUUUGAUCUUCAGGGAGAAUACACUGGCUACAAAGGCUAUUGAUGAAUACAUGAAAUUGGUUGGCCAGAAGUAUCUCAUUGACACACUUGGUGACUUUAUAGCAAGACUGUACAAUGGAGGAGAGAACUGUGAGGUAGACCCGCAAAAAUGCUCUCCCUCUGAUCUACCAAUCAACCAGAGACAUCUUAAAGAGACCUGUGAGGACGUUGUGAAAAGAAUUGCUGACAUGCAAGAAUCAUUCCCAGCGGAGCUGAAUGAGAUUUUUUCCAGUUGGGUAUCAGACUGUGAAGAUCGAGGUCAACAAGACAUUGGACACCGUCUCAUAUCAGCCUCUCUGUUUCUUCGAUUCUUAUGCCCAGCAAUCCUCAGUCCAUCUCUCUUUGGCCUUACCCAACCCUAUCCAGAGACAAACACCCUUCGCACUCUUACUUUGACAGCCAAGGUCAUUCAAAACCUUGCAAACUUCACCUUGUUUGGUGAAAAAGAGGAGUACAUGUUUUUCAUGAAUGACUUUUUAACACAACACUGGGAGCCUAUGCGAGAAUUCUUACAGAAAGUCUCUAAUCCAGAGAGCGAAAUCACCAUGUCUCGAUUUGACGGCUACGUAGACCUGCCUCUUCGUCUAGCUAUCCUUCACAAUCUCCUGGUUGAUAUUAUCUCUGUCAUGAAACAGGACCAAAUAGACAAUCUACAUCCCUUGCCUAGAAUUCUUAACCAGAUCACAGAAUUCCUUGGCCAUGAUGCGCAACAGAUUCCUGUUAGCAGCAGCCAAGCAAUGCCAAAGCCUAUAUAUGUACCUCCAAGGGAUCUCCCCAAGUACAGUCCAUUACAAACCUCCAUGCAGCAGCUUCCCAUAGACUCAAAACCCAACCAAUGUUCUAAAGAACGUCAGCGGAGGCAGGUGCAGAGGGCAUUCAGUGUGCCUAACAGACCAUCAAGACAGCAGCGGCAACCAAUGAAGAGACAGGCAAGCAAUGAAGAGCUACCCACACAGUGCCCAGACGACAAUCAAGUUCAAGAUCACUGUUUGGAAAUUUCACCCCCAAGCAAUCCCGAAAAAUCCAAAGCCGCUGCAGCAGCAAAAGUACGCUGGAUCAUACAACCUGACGGUAGUGAGACCCGUCAGGUAACAAGGCAAGAUCAAGAGGAGACAAACACAUUGGAUAAGCACGCACAAGAGUUGUCUGAGCUGCGUAUGGGAGUGGAACAGGUGACGGAGCGUGAGCUGGAGAUGGCCAAGCGCUUAGAAGACUUCAUCGUUUUAACUCAAGACCAGAAUGCACAGCUACAGGCAGAGGUUCAGGACCUUCGCAAUCUCUUGGCCAUCCGUGAAGAACAGCUAGCAAGUGCAACGUUCAGACUCGGAGUCAUAGAAGAGGAGCGGGAGGAAGAUGAGAGGAAGCUGAAUGUUGCAGUGGCUGCAGUAGAGCGCAUGAAUGUUUUGGAGGAGCAGUUUGCUGGGUUGUUGAAAGAUGUGCACCACCUCUAUGCAGCUAAUUCCGAUGGCUUAAGACAAACUUACAUCAAUACUUGAUGCAAGACAGGAAAUGCACUGGUGUGGUGUGCUACAGAGUGCCAUUUCGCAAUGCCAUUUGUCAGAUUUUCUGAAUUCACUGCGCUUGCAUAGCUACCUGUCACAGUUAAAGCAGAUACAUUUUUACCGCAAUAAUGGGUUGUUGUAAAAACAACAAUGGUUACACAAUUAAAAACUGGAGACAUAUUUGUGCAUUUAAUUUGUCCAUAUUUUAGAGCUUAAUGUAAAGAAUAGAGCCACAUAAGAGUUUUCUUUAAUUGUGUUUUGCAGACUUCAACAAAUAAACUGUGUAUUAAACACA